UGACAGUCUCUACACAGUCGUGGAAGGAGUGCGGCGGCUAAGCUAACUGCAACCAUCGUAACUAGCUACAUGUGGAGGGUAAAACGGGAGGCAUCCCCGACCCCAACUCUGUCAAAAUUCCUUCUUUUUUACCCCAAACAACUUUAAAGUUCAGCCCAAUCGAAAAUAAGGGAUAAUCUCUGUUUACAAUGAAAGGUAGCCGGAUCGAGCUGGGGGAUGUUACGCCCCACAACAUUAAGCAGCUGAAACGCUUGAACCAGGUCAUCUUUCCUGUCAGCUACAACGACAAGUUUUACAAAGAUGUGCUGGAAGUUGGAGAACUUGCGAAGUUAGCGUACUUUAAUGACAUUGCAGUGGGAGCUGUAUGCUGCAGAGUGGACCACUCUCAGAAUCAGAAGAGACUGUACAUCAUGACACUUGGUUGUCUAGCACCCUACCGUAGACUUGGAAUUGGUACAAAGAUGCUCAAUCAUGUGCUAAACAUCUGUGAGAAGGAUGGAACUUUUGACAACAUUUACCUUCAUGUGCAGAUCAGCAACGAGUCAGCCAUUGACUUUUACCAAAAGUUUGGCUUUGAGAUCAUCGAAACAAAAAAGAAUUAUUACAAGAGGAUAGAGCCUGCAGAUGCCCAUGUGUUGCAGAAGAGUCUGCGUAGCCCAUGUGCACCCCCCACCGGAGAGCUUCAAAAGGCAGAGUAGGGGCACAGUUUUUGGAAAGAGCACAGGCGUGCCCGCCUCCACAGAAACAGAACUGUGACAAAUGCCCCAGGGUCGACACAUUCAACACUUUCUUCAAAGGACGCUAAAAAGAGAAAACAAGUUUAACAUACAAAAAUUGCUGCAUUUAUUUUACAAAAGGGUCCCCUUUGAUUUUGCAUAUUUUGCUCCCCUUUCUUUUUACAGAUAAUUGAAAAUGACAAAAAGUUCAGUAUCCAAAAGUGCUCCUAUUGACAGACUUGCCAACUUCAGACAGUUUUAGACAUGGUGGAGGGGGAGGGUGUGGUGUUUGAAAAUCAUACUGUUUUGUUUGAGUUGUUUUUUUUAUGCGGUUUUAAAAGUUAAUGGGGACAUAUCUAUACUGUUGAGCAAAGAAAACAGUUGGUUUGAAGCAGUAAAGUGUUUGAAAGACCAUCACUGACACAUAGUCCCAGGUGGUCAGCUUGGAGGGAUGCUUUCAGUUGUAACUUGGAACAGUUGCAACUCUGUUUCUGCACCACCUGAACCCUGGGAUCUACGGGAAAGGAGACUGACCAGUUUGUUGAUAUGUCAUGUUUGGAGGGAAAGUAUUCCCUUCGUACAGACUUAAAGAAGGCUGAGUGGUUUUGAGGUGGUGAGAAGACACGUUCACCUCUUAUAAUUUCUUAAAUAACUUUAUUUUUCAGCCUCUUAAUUUAAUUCCCCACACAACUGUUUCUGUUUUGUUUGUUUUUUUACAUUGAGAUGGCAAAUGGUUCAGAGGUUCUCCUGGGUUUACUGCUAAGAGCGAAAACAAGGAUUAAGAGGACCUGUCAAAAUAAAAUUGUACUGAACGUUCUCAUAGAUGGCACUCAACAGUGUCUUGAGGGCAAUAUGAAUUACAACAGAUUGGCUGUUUCAGGAUUGGAUUUGGGCAUUAUUUUUCAGUUGUAUAAUGAAGGUGUGUGAUAAGCUCAAGGACCGUUUAGAACUUUAAACACCUUUGGCACAUUAUGUAGCCAUCUCACAGAAAUGUUUUUUCAAACUUCCUGCCACAGGCAGCCUCUGUUGUUACAUACAAUACACCUUCAUUCUAUUUCAAACCUCAGCCAAAAGUUUGGGAGUUUUGGUAUGAUCUCUUGAAUAGUGUAUUACCCAGAGGAAACUCUGACCCCUCUGCAUGCAAGGAGAGCUGUGUCCUCUCCACUGUAGUAUAAGCAUGUUUUACCUUUCUUUGAAGAAUUUUAUCUUUUCUGGAGCUCUAUAUUGUAAGACUUUUUAACGUCUAAAUAAAGGAUUACUAUUUGCAGUAAAUGUCAAA